AGGUUUCUAAACGUCCUUAGUCCUACGCCUUUUUACAAACUCUUUCGGUUACACACUUAUCUGCUUCUUGCAGCCUUCUAUCUUACACUCCCAACUGUCACUAUGAAGAUCUCUACAGGCCUUACUACGUCUCUGUUUUUCUUGAGUGCAGCUGCAGCUGCUGUACCUGACAGCUUGGUUACUGCAAGGUCUUCUCACAAUCUAACGAAACGGUCCCAAUGCUAUUGUGAUAGCGGAGCUGCCACUCGAGACUGUUGUAAUGGAUUAGGGACAAUGGGUGGUGACUCCAACCUUGAGUGCGUUCCUAGUAUCGCAGCCAACAACGAUAAAUUCUUAAGCUGUUGCUUUAAUAAGGGCUUUAUUGGAAACGUAUGCUUUUAGGGGCGUUACGUAGAUUCUGCAGUAGCAUUCGAUUGGAUACACUGUGUUCCAAGUAGCCUACAACCUAUAUAGAAAGCUUCUACACAUUGUAAAUAGCAUAGUGUAUGAUAGAGUAUGCUCCUCCUAAAUAUAAGAGUACUCUACAAAACAUCUAUC